AUAAAAUCGAUGUUCACACAAAAAAAUACAAAUCGAUACCAUCUUCAGUUUAUAAACAAACAUUGGAGAGCCAACGAAAGGGGAAAAAGGAAAACUGGUUGAAAACAUAAUCUAAUCACUGCCUGUUCCAACUACUCGCGAAAUCCGUGCCCCCGCCCCGCUUUACACCCACACACCGUCGACAUGCUGAAGAUCGCCGCCGAGGGCAUCGCGCCACGUCUGGCCGCCGCCUGCCUGAUCGGUGGAGCCUCCAGCGCCCAGAGCAGCUGCCAAAGGGUGGCACCCCAGGCGGCAAGGGCCACGCAGAAGUACCUGUCGCAGUCGCAGGGCCUCCACAAGAAGCUAGUCAUCAAGGAUCACUACGAGUUCGAUCAGAAGGUGAUCAACAGCGACAAUCCAGUGAUUGUAAACUUCCAUGCCGAAUGGUGUGAUCCCUGCAAAAUACUCACGCCCAAGAUGCUCGAACUGCUGGAGAACUCCAAUGAGAUUGAUCUGGCGGUGAUUGACGUGGAGACGAACCUGGAUCUCGUCGAGACCUUUGAAGUGAAGGCCGUGCCGGCGGUGCUGGCCUUCCGCAAUGGCGUUGUGGUGGACAAGUUCAUUGGUUUGGUGGACGCCAAUAGCAUUGAGACGCUGAUCGACAAGCUGAAGCGGAAGCAGCAACAGAAGCAGUAAGGAGUCCAUUACAGGGAACAGGAACAGAUAUUGAUGAUUUUACAUAUGGAAACGGGAGACUGUAAAGGCAGAGAACUAUGUUACGAGCGAGUGCACAAAAUGUAAAAUGCAAUAAAAACUAAUCUUAAUUAUGGCUAACUUUAA